AUGGCCUCUUCAACUUCUUCAGGGGACUCAUCCCCCAUCUACUACUACUUCACGAUCACAAUCUGCGCGGUAGCCGUCCUCCUCAUACUGUCGAACAUCGUCGCAUUCGCUUGCUGUUCCACCUCUCAUCCGACAAUGCAAAGCCUCCGACGCCGCCUGGGGUUCGCCGACGGCUCGACCGGCGAAGCGCGUGAGAUCGAAAUCACGCACGGAAUUCCCGCGAUGAAGUAUCGGAUUGAUCGGCCCUGCGAUAAUGCCUCAAACGGCUGUGCCGGUGAGUGCGGGGUUUGCUGCGAUAAUGACUCGAACGGCGAGUGCUCGGUUUGCCUGUCGGCUUUUGCAGAUGGAGAAGAUGUCAGGCGGAUGCCGCGGUGUAAGCACUUGUUCCAUGCAGCUUGCAUCGACAUGUGGCUCUUCUCUCACGUGAACUGCCCGCUUUGUCGAGCUCCCGUCUACCCAGUGGCUCGGAACUGCUCCUUCACCGGAGCAGCAGCAUCGAGUCGCCAUUCAGAUUUGGAGGCACAGGGUCGACAGGGGGCGCAGUUUUACUACGCUAGCCGAUCGCAAGCGUUUCAGUUGAACUUCUAG